AUGCGCGUCUACUCUCUCGUUUUCCUGACGUCAUCUGCUCUUUCGUCCCGUGUGGACGGCGUCUUGGAACCCGCGAGCUCUAACGUGACAGCGCUCGACUUCCCGGCGGUCGUUCGUCCAUUGCCGGACAACGACGACGACGCUACUGCCUCGAGGUCGUCAACGCGUGAUGGUCCGCCUGACGCCGACGAAAGGGGCCCUUUGGUUGAACCUUUUUCUUCCGCAUUUUCAAAGAUUGUAGGACUAGGCAGGCGUGCGACGCUGAAAGGGGAGCAAAAGGAGCCACAGAGGUCGCGGCUAUUGAUGCGGGACCGCGUCUUCGUGAAAUAUGUGGAUGCUGCACUAAAAGACAAAGAGUUUGGGGAUUUGUAUCGCCUGUACGAAGCCUCUGGUCAGUCAAUGAUUGACGACCUUGCCAACCAUUACGGAGCUGAUGUUGUGGCUCGCGCGGUUGCUGCGGCGCGAAAGACCAACACUGACAACCCUGCGCGGUUUCAGGAACCUUCGACCACCGUGGAGAAGCUGGUGAAGGAUCUGUUGCAAAGAUGGCUCAAGGAGAAGAAAGAACUGAAGGACGUGUUCACUGCUCUCAAAAUCAACCACUAUGAAUUCACAGCCGGUGAACUGGCGGAUAUCUUAUAUAAUCGCCAAGUUGACGUGUCGAUCGUUGAGUUCGCCCGGAAGAUGACUAGUCCAAAGUUGACACUUCUGGAAGACUACAGCAAGCUUAAGAUGGCCGACAAAAGUGAUGUAGCUUAUCUCCGCGCUAUCAUGGAUGGCUUUGGUGGGGAAAAGCAAUUAUUUUUGCUGCUACGUGAGGCAAAUGGAAAGAAUUUUUUAAUCGACAAGGCAGAUGAGCUGGAAGAUGCUUUCCUCAAGAUGUGCGCUUUCGAUGGCAUGAGCCCCUCGGACGCGUUCAAGAGGCUAGGGACUGGCCAAAAAGCGGAAGAAUUUUUUCGUACGAAGAGGUUGGACAAGAUGACGAAGUAUGUCGAGGACUACAACAAAAAAAGUCUACAGCACAGCCAACAACUGUAUUGA